AGUUUUAUGGCCAAAUAGGUGGGGGCGCAGCGGCUGCCUGUGUGGCUCCGAGGCGUCACCAGGUCACUGGAAGGCACCCUCCGCCGCUCCUUUUUCUCGAUCCCCUGUCUGAUAGCCUCGAUUCCUCACGUCCUUCCUCCAAUCCGUCCUUGUCGUUCUUCGCGUGGCUGCUGAUCGAUCGGAACCUUGCUCGGUGGUUUUAUAGCUAGCAUUUGGGGUUCAGGUGUGCGUAGAUUGACAUGGUGAGGGGGAAGACGCAGGUGAAGAAGAUAGAGAACCCGGCGAGCCGGCAGGUGACCUUUUGCAAGCGUCGGGGCUGUCUGCUGCAGAAGGCCUUGGAGCUCUCCGUCCUCUGCGAUGCCGAGAUCGGCCUCAUCGUCUUUUCUGCUCGUGGGAAGCUCUACGAAUUCGCUAGCUACAGGUAUGAGGUGGCAAAUACGUCGCAGAAGAUUGAACAUCUUGAAGCACAUAAACGGAAGAUCUUAGGUGAAAAUUUGGAAUCAUGUUGUUUGGAGGAACUACAUGAACUGGAGACCACGAUAGAAAACAGCUUGCGCAGCAUAAGAGCAAGACAGAAUCAAAUACUAGAGCAGCAGGUUGUACAUUUUCAAAAGGAGGAGAGUAGCCUGAUGAAGCAGAAUGGAUUACUACGUGAGCAGUGUUGCAAGUUGGAACCAGAGCUACCAUUUGCAGUUUCAAAGGAAGCGAUUCGAAAUGACACAGCCACAGCCACUCAACGAAACGAAGUAGAAACAGAGCUUUGCAUUGGCUGUCCUGGAGUAGGAAACAGCAACUGAA